CUGCUGAAAUAAAACGCACAACAAUGGCGACUCCCAGCCCCAGCACCAACUCAACAACCUCCUCCAGCAACAACAGCAAUAACACAGGAUCCACAUCAACAUCACACCACCACCAAUCCCAGUCUCAACAUAUAACGACAGUGAGCAGCAUGCAGGAAACCAACACGUGCUGGAGAUGUCAGAAUGAAACAGCCAUCCCAACGAGCACAUUUUAUGGGCGCAAGAGAGGGUUUCAGAUAAACCUGUCUGGAGUUCCCCAAAGUAAACGCAAAGCACUGAAGUUAAAUUUUGCCAAUCCAACAAUUAAACCAACUACAAGAUUCACUCUGAACACAUCAGGACCUCCUUUCCAGAACCCACACAUAGAGAGGCUGCGAACGCACAGUAUUGAGUCUUCAGGAAAGCUGAAGAUCUCUCCAGAGCAACAUUGUGACUUCACUGCUGAGGACCUGAAAGAUUUAGGAGAGAUCGGGCGGGGCGCAUAUGGCUCUGUCAACAAGAUGGUGCACAAACCCUCUGGCCUGAUCAUGGCUGUUAAGAGGAUUCGAUCAACUGUGGAUGAAAAGGAACAGAAGCAGCUGCUAAUGGAUUUAGAUGUGGUUAUGAGGAGUAGCGACUGUCCGUAUAUUGUUCAGUUUUAUGGGGCUCUCUUCAGAGAGGGUGACUGUUGGAUAUGUAUGGAACUUAUGUCUACCUCAUUUGACAAAUUCUACAAAUAUGUAUAUUGUGCAUUAGAUGAUGUGAUUCCUGAGGAAAUAUUGGGCAAAAUAACAUUAGCUACUGUGAAAGCACUAAACCACUUAAAAGAAAACUUGAAAAUAAUUCACAGAGACAUCAAGCCUUCCAACAUUCUCCUGGACAGGAACGGCAACAUUAAGCUGUGUGAUUUCGGCAUUAGUGGACAGCUUGUGGACUCCAUUGCCAAAACCAGAGAUGCAGGAUGCAGGCCUUACAUGGCACCCGAAAGAAUAGACCCCAGCGCUUCCAGGCAAGGCUAUGAUGUCAGAUCAGAUGUGUGGAGUUUGGGAAUCACACUCUAUGAGCUGGCGACAGGUCGGUUCCCUUACCCCAAGUGGAACAGUGUUUUUGAUCAGCUGACACAGGUGGUGAGGGGUGACCCUCCACAGCUCAGCAAUUCAGAGGAGAGGCAGUUUUCUCCUAAAUUCACCAACUUUGUAAAUCUGUGCCUUACAAAGGAUGAGUCAAAAAGGCCAAAGUACAGAGAGCUUCUGAAACACCCAUUCAUCUUGAUGUAUGAAGAGCGGACCGUGGAUGUUGCUAGUUAUGUGUGCAAAAUCCUGGAUCAGAUGCCUUCCUCUCCCAGCUCCCCCAUGUAUGUGGAUUUAUAGUGAGCUGAGGUACAUGAAAAGGAUCUGAAAAACAAACCCAUGGUGUAAAGAUUUGUUUUAUUGUAUACUGUGUUUAAAAGAAGAACAUUAUCGUUAACGCCAUCCACGCUAAGGAUGGUGUUAAAUUCAGCCAUUUCUGUAUUGGUGGUAGUCUUGCUGUUGUUUUUUUUUUUUUUUUUUACAUGAAAAGAUGUUAUAUAAUUUUGUUUAGACAGUACAGUCUUUAAACCAGGAAUAAUGUCCAGUGUUUUGGAAGAACAUUGUGGUAAAGUUUAAUUUGAAUGUUCAAUGUCUGCCUUAUAUUCAUGAGGUGAAUCAAAUUUUCAUCUUACCAAAUGCCAAUUCUAUUCAAAUCAGUUAUGGAAUAUUAUUUUGAAAUUUUAGACAAAAAAGGAUAGAAAACAAUUAGUUUCACAAACUCAUGAUUGAUAUUAUGGGGCUAUAUUUAUUUAUACGUUUUUUUUAUUUUUAACAGACAUAUAUAUACAUAUAUAUUUUACCUUUAAAGUGAUGUCAACAAACACAAAAUUUACCAAAAAUGUUCUUGGACAGUGAAACUAGGGGGUUAAGGAAACAAUGCAUAAACUUGGGUACAUACAUGUAAGUACGUAUUUGCUUUUUCAAUAUAUGUUCAAAUGUGGGAUGCAGACACAUGUAAGCUUGCAUACAAAGUCAUGGACAACUUUACACUGUAAAUAAAUAGGUAUGCAAAAUGUUGUCCAAUUAAAACAAUACUGAAAUAUGUAAAGUGGCUUUAUUUCCUUAAUAUGCAAAAAGAUUGUUUUAAUUUGUAUUUAGUGCAUAAUAAAAUAUAUAUAUAUUUUUCGCAAUAGAAUAUCCUCAGUGCUAGCCAUAGGAUGUUCAGGCAUUUUUCCAUGACUGUAAAUGUGUGCAUAUCUCCCUUUUAACUAAUAUAUCUACAUUUUUUUAACUUUGGCCAUGAUUUUCAUUAGGGAACUUUCAAACUAGAUUACACACUGAUACCUUUUUUUCCCUUAAUACAGUUGUAGCGGUGCACUUGGCAUGUUUAAAGCGAUGCCGCAUGUCAAUUUUUGCUUGUGUUGACUGAAUGUUUUUUUUUUUUUAAAUCCCUUUUCCCCUGAGGGCUUCUUUAUAAGUAUAAGGUUAUACCUUGCUCUCGAAAGACUUUGUAAAAGGGUAAUAACUCACAAUAUGUCAGUUAAUGUGAGCUUACAGUCAGAAAACCACGCUGUGCUGGUCACCAGCUCUUACUGCUCUUUAAUUUGAACAUAUGUUCAAAAAAUGGGGUUUAGAAAUGGAAAAAAUGACCUUUAUUUAGUCUUCUUUUUUAAUUACCAGGAUUAUUUGAUGCAUGACACCCAGAUCGUAUUCAGCAUCAUAAUAGUAAUUAAUUUAUACCAGAGCUAUACUGGAAAGAGUCACGAGAGGAGUUGUGAAACUAUACUGUACCAUUACCAUUUUUUCACUGUUGACUGCUUGUAAAAAAUCAUAUAAAAGUUACCCUGGAUUUAAAUUAUCUAUAUAUAAUGAACACAUCCAUGUUUUACUGUGGGGUUGAACACAAUGGAAAUUGUCUUACAUUAGACACCAUUUCUAAUGGAGAAAACAAUAGUGUAGAAAUGUCAAUUUAUCAUAAUAAUAUUAAAAUACUAUUAAGGGUGAUGAGUAUCACAUUGUAUCUUUAUUAAGGAUUUAAGACAUGUAUAAUGUUCACACAACUGUGAAGAUCUUAUAUCUGUAUGUUGUGAACUUGGAUUGUUUCCUGUACUAUAGAAAAUGUAUAAAAUAUAAAACAAGAACUCUAGAUGUGCAGGGAUCUUGCCUUCUAUGUCUGUAAAUUGGAGCCUAUUUAAUGUAACACCUGAAUUCGAAGAGCUCCUGGGAAUUUUAUCAUAUUUACGUCACAUAUUUAAGAAAUCAUCAGUGGAAUCUAAAUGUUCAUGUAGUAAAGAUAUGAUAUAGUAUCUGCCUGCAGGUCAGUUGUAAUAAGGAUGUGACUAUGACCUCGUCAUCGUGUUCUGUAAGGUCUGAAAACAUACAGUUGCAAAAAGUUAAAUAAAACAAAUCAAUUUGCCAGAAAUAUAA